CAAGGUUGAGGUGGGUAGUACUACCGUCAGGUGCGUGCAGUGCUAGCUUGAUCCUAACACAUCUAACGUUCUUUCUAUUCCGUAGCCAGCAAUAAUUAAACAGUGACAUGAUUUAAGGAAAAACAUUCUAUUGCGAUUCUGUUUUGUGUUACAAGAGCGUGGAGGAACCAGUUUGUGUGUGUCUGUCUCUGAGCGAAUCAGGUCAUACAGUAAAGUGUGGGUAUACAGCACGUUUUAGUGUUGUUUACGAAGGCUCUUCCUCAGUGAAAUUCCUCGACUCUUCCGUAUCUGAUUAAAGACAGUGCUGACCAAUGACUGGCGGAGUGUGCAUCAUGGAGAAGGCGCAGCAGAAGGCAGUCCCGCCUUCUGCCCUCGCCGGCCAGGCCCUCCAGCAGCUGCGCCAACCCUCCUGUAUCCUUGUCAACCUGGACGCAGUGAGGCACAACGUGCAGGUGCUGAAGGGCUUGGCGGGACCUAACACAGGUAUCAUGGGCGUUGUGAAGGGCAGCGCAUACGGCUCAGGUCUGUUGCCAGUGGUGGAGGUGCUGCUUGAGGAGGGUGUGCAGGAGCUGUCUGUCGCCACUGUGGGGGAAGGAAUCCAUCUCCGCCGGCAUGAUGUCCAGGUCCCCAUCACUGUCCUCGGUAACCUGCUGCAGUUUGAGGUGGAGGAUGUGCUGAAACACAACCUUAUCCCAACUAUCAGCUGGGCUUCUCCUCUCACUGCUGAGCCUGCUGACAGCCUCAAGUACCCAGAUGGGUCUUGCCUUCGUGUGGCCAUCAACAUAGACACGGGCAUGUCCAGGUAUGGUGUGCAGCCUCAGGACCUGCCAGCACUUGUCACCACCCUGGAUAACCUCAAUGUCACCAUUGCCUCCAUGUACACACACUUCCAGGCAGCCAUCAAUGAACCAGAGAAGAAUAAAAAGCAACUGGAUAUGUUCCUGGAGGCAACUGAACCAUACAAGCUGCGACCUCUAACUCGACAUGUGGCGGCCACCACUGGCUGUGUUCAAGGCCUUGGCACCGACCUGGACUUCAUCCGGCCAGGAGGAGCAAUCACUGGCCUCAGCUCAGGCAGUGAUGAGGAAAGUGCCGGCCUGUUUGCCAAGUGUGGUUUCCGUCCUGCUCUGUCAGUGGUGGCACGACCCACAUUCUUCAAGCAACUGCCUCCAGGCCGAGGUAUUGGGUACGACGCCACCUACCAGACUACCGAUGAUGAGUGGAUUGCCAACCUCACCACAGGAUGGUCAGAUGGUUUCAGCCGUCGCCUUAGCAACACAGGCGCUGUCAAGAGGGUCAAGACAGGUGAACUGUGUCCCAUAGUGGGUCGAGUGUCCAUGGACUCCAUCACUGUCCGCCUCCCAGAAGCUCCCGCCGAGGAUGAUGUGUUCCAGGUCAUCUCAGACGACUUUGACGAGAACACCUCCGCCGUGGGUCUGGCGCGGAUCCUUGAAGCAGCUGUGUACGAAAUGCCAGGGAACUGGUCUACCCGGCUGUCCAGAGUGUACAUCAAGAAUGGCAGCAUAGCCAAGGUGUACCACUCCCUGGACUAUACAUGCUAGGGAAGCCAUGGCCAACACUCACUCUGCUUGCCUUUCGUAUGCUGCCACUUUUGUAACUUCUACACAAGUUACUUUAGUACAGCUAGAAUUAAUGUAGAAUUAAACUAUAUUGUUAUUCAGUAUUAAGCUAUGAUGUUGAAUCUAUUUUUUUACACACACACUCACACACACACACACACACACACACACACACACACACACACACACACACACAUACAUGAUAGAAAUAGAGAAAGUUGCACACAUUGCUACCAGUGAUAUCUAUGUUGCUUUUACAUUUAGAAGAAAUUACUCCUACACAAUUGUAGCACAAAUGAUGUUCCAGGUAAAGCUUAUCCACAUUAUAUUACUUGAAAAAAAGCAUAAUAUAUACAUAACUACCUGAGCACUAUGAUAUUGUUAAAUCAAAUUAUAGUGGACUAUCCUGUCCAGUUUAUAUUGUUGACCGUACAGCAACAUUUUGAUGACAGCUUCCCAUUGGAUUGAAGAGGUAGUGUUAUGAGAUAAGUCUUCAGAUGUUUCUUUCUCUUCCUAAUACGUUAAAGUCCUUCCAUGUUUCUCUUAAAUAAUCAUUCUAUAAACAUUGUUUAUAAUGAAUCAAUUCCAACUUUAAAUGAGAACAUCCAUAAUAUAUUUCUAUGGAUAUUUUUUCUAGUACAAGUUUUUUUCUUUUUUAUAAUCUUUAUUACUACUUCAUUCAUUACUUUUAAAGGAAAGUAAUGGUGUUGGUGAAUAGCAACACCAAUAAAGCACAAGGCUUUUUGGUAUAUAUAUGUUUUUCUAAUAUUAUUACUGUUUAUUCUAUAGGGGAUGUAUGGUUGUGUCCCUUUCUGUAUCUAGAUUUGUUAAACAACAAAAAACAACUUUUACAUCACCUAAGCAGGGCAUUAAUUUUUUUUAAUUUAUACCAUGUGGGCUUUUCACGGGAAUUUAUGGGCUAAAGGGGAUACUUUUUAUGGUACCUCCUAUCUCAAAGCCCACCCACUAGGAAACUGUUGCCCCGAAUGAGGAAGCCUAACCUACACUUGGACCGUGGACAGGAUUCGAACCCCUGCGCUUGGAGACCCUCGGAUCCCAAAGCACGCAUGGUUCCAUGUAAUGUAAAUAAGACCAAAUUUUCAGUAUUAAGAGUAUAAAAGGGUACAUUAUGGUGACAUUGCUUAGGUUAGGCUGUGAAAAUAUAUCCAAGCUUUGUGAUUGCAGUGCAAUACAGUAUUUAUAAUGGUAAAUGGUGCUUGCAUUUAAGCGUACAAUUGUCAACAUUAUUUUACAACAGGGGAGAUCAUAAUAAACAAUUAACUGUGA